AUGUCUGCAAGUUGUGGUCAAGAAAAAAUACGAUGGAUUACUACAAUCAUUCUGAGUUCAUCUCUCCAGGAUCAUGAAAUUUCAACAACCUUACAAAAUCAGCAACACCGAGUUCGUUAUUCAGAUUCAGUGGAAGAUGGAUCUAUUAUUUUCUCACUUUCUGGUGUUGCAUUUUUGCUUGCCGACGCUCAAGAUUUUCUAUUCACAAACAGCAAAAUCUUUUUUGAAAGAAUAAAAAGAUUCAUGACCAUUCACAGAAAUGGAUUUUUACUUUUAUCAGCUGCCCUUCAUGGACCAAAAGAAUGGGAAGUGAUGUUCAGAAUUCAGCAGAGGUUUUUAGGCAGUAAUUUACGAAUAGUUCCAGUCCAUAAUACUGCUGAAGCUAUUAAAUUAAUGUUGACCAUAGCAAAGAGUGCUUCAAAACCCUAUCUGGACAACAUUCACUACAGAAUGCUAAUGGCAAAGACACAGAUUAUGGAACAAAGCUCUGUUUGGAAAAUGCUUCAUCACAGUCAAUUGCACUGAAGUUAAACACCAUCCAAAUUAUUUAAAAAUUUGACCAUGUUUAUUUUGUGCUUUAAAAAAAACAUCCACAAAAAAAUCAACACCUGUCUAAAAAUACUCUUUAAUAGAUAUGUUCAAAAUAAAAAAAUUCUCUGCAGUUAGGUAUGUAUUCUUCGGUAUAAAGAAAGGAAUAUUACCCUUAUAUGUUUUCCU